AUGACGUGGCUGGUCCUCCGACCAGCCGCCUUUGCGCGGGUGCCGGCCGCAACGACUUGCCGGCCGGGCCCACGAUUCUACUCCGCGGCAACCACUGGCGCCGGCCUCUCGGACCCGCUCCGGAUCCUCUUCUGCGGUUCAGACGACUUCAGCUGCGCUGCGCUGAGCGCGCUUCAUGCGGAGAAGAAACGGAAUCCGGCACUGAUUGAGUCGCUUGAUGUCGUCGUUCGGCCCGGCAAGCUGUCAGGGAGAGGGAUGAAGAGUGUUCGUGAGGUUCCGUUGAAGAACCUCGCUGAGCAGCUCAGGUUGCCAAUUUACGUGAGGGACACGUUUACUGGGUGGCAGCCGCGUAACAACAUCAAUCUCAUCAUUGCCGUCUCCUUCGGUCUCUUUGUACCACCGAGGUUACUCAAGAUGGCAAAGUACGGAGGGCUCAACGUUCACCCAUCACUCCUCCCAGACUUCCGCGGUCCUGCGCCCCUCCAACACACGCUCCUAAAAGGCCGCACGCAUACAGGCAUCACGCUCCAGACGCUCGACCAUGAAAAAUUCGAUCACGGUGCUAUUCUCGCUCAGUCACCGCUCCCCGGCAUCCCGAUCCCUGAAAAAUGCAGCACGCAGCAGCUACUCGACAUCGUCACGCCGCCAGCCGCCGAUAUGCUCGUCGACGGUCUACGGAGGGGCCUAUACGUCCCUCCACACGCGGACGCCGGCUGGAAACCCUCCAUCUGGAACUUCCUCAGCACGCCUCCGCAUGCGCCCAAGGUCACGAACCACGACCGCCAGAUUCCUUGGUUCGAGUGGACCGCCGACCAUAUUGUGACGCGCCAGCGCGUUCUGGGCAACAUCUGGUGCUCGGCGGUGAACAAUACCCUGCAGAAAGAACAGAGGAUCAAGUUUGGACGAGUAGAAGCGGUUGACGACGUGCAUGACCACAUUAAGCAGUUCACCAGACGACUCAAGUUGUAUCAAAAGAAUCGAAUGUCUGAUGACGAGGUACUGGAGGAGGACAGAAAGGUUAAAGUCGUCUUUUGGAUUCAGAAGCCGGAACACGAUGCCGACGCUGAAGAGGGAAAGUGGCGCGUGGCCAGGCUCCCCUACUUUGAUCACGAGGACGGGAAGAGCAUAGUGAUCCCCGUUUUCAAGGGGGACAAGUUACUAAAGGUGUCGACCUUGAUUGUUGAGGGCGCCAAGGAGCGCCCUGCCGCGAGCGCGAUUAAGUCCUUUGGCACGGUUACAGAUGCGCAGACUCGCCACAAGGCUGCUCUCAACAGAGAUGGAACAGCGUACCAUGGUGUGGUAGCCAUGACUGACAACCGCGCAACCGUCACCAGAAUGGCCCAAUUGUUUCUCGAGAUGUGGCUCUACGAACUGGGACAGAGGGUUACGGCUCCGCCCUCUAUAACACGAUGGUACAAGUAG